AUGACAUUUACUAAGAAAGCCAUCGCAACUGCUAAGGCACAGACACAAGAUAAAUUAUAUGAAUCCCUGAACAGCCCGCCGGGACAAAAACGCCUGUUCCGUAUAGCAAGAGAGAGAGAAAGGAAUGCAAGAGAUGUAAACCACAUCAAGUGUAUUAAAGACGAUGAAGGAAAUGUAUUGGCGGAUGAUAAUGAUAUUAAACAGCGUUGGAAGGAUUAUUUUGAAAAAUUGAUGAACGAAGAGAAUAUUUGGAGUGGAGUGUUGGAAAAAGUGCCGGUUAAUAUUGGUAUGGUGAAAGAGAUUAGCGUGGAUGAAGUAAAGAAAGCGGUGCAAGGUAUGAAGAACGGAAAAGCAGUUGGGCCGGAUGGAAUACCAGUGGAAGUAUGGAAGCUCCUAAAGGCGGACGGAUUGGUGUGGCUGACUCUAUUCUUCAACAAGUUGUUAUAG